AUGCUCAGCACUCCACUGCUUGAUCUUAUCCAUCAGUCCUUUUUUUAUCAAGCCCUAAGACCGAAUCGACCAGAGGCGCUUGCUAUCGAUAUCGACGGUGACGCAUCUUUCGCAAUUGCCUUGACCGAGCUGUCCACAGCCGCGCAGUUCAAUAUCGGUGUGAAGGUUAUCGUUUUGAAUAACGAGGAGCAGGGGAUGACUACACAAUGGCAGAAUUCAUUUUAUGAGGACCAACAUGCGUACACUCAUCAACGGAACCCGGACUUCAUGGAAUUGGCAAAAGCGAUGCGUGUGCACCACCGCCGGGUUAGUGAGCCAAAGGGGGUUGUUGACUCCCUGGAAUGGCUUAUUAAUACAGGCGGUCCUGCCUUGUUGAAGGUUACUACUGAGAAGAAGGUUCCCGUGCUUCCAAUGGUCCCGGCCGGGUGUGGGCUGCAUGAGUUCAUCGCGUGGGGUGUGGAGAAGGACAGGCAGAGGAGAGAAUUAAUGCGGCAACGAACAUGUGGCCUCCAUGGUUGA